UCCGGGACUCUAUUUAAGGUGUAGUUGUUGAGAAAGGUGUGUUCUAUCACCCUGUGGGUGUGUGCAUCGGUACAGUGUAGUCAGAUGAGCCGUAUAAUCAAACUCAACAUCGGUGGGACUAUAUUUGAAACUUCAUCAUCCACUCUACUAUCAUGCCCAGACAGUUUCUUUGGGAGUCUACUAUCAGGCCGACUGUCAACCACUUAUGAUGAUAACGGCGCCUACUUUGUUGACAGAAGCGGGGAGUUUUUCUCACCUAUUCUGCACUAUCUGAGGACAAGGCAGAUUGUCGUGCCACCUGCAGUGAGUCACGAUGCUGUACUGCAAGAGGCAAAGUUCUACUCUCUUGAUAAGAUGGUGGAAGAGCUAAACGAGCUCUCAAAGAAGGAAGAGCCACAGCCACAAAAUGUGCUUCGAAUGAAUGGUUGUUAUGUCAAUUAUGAAGACCAGAAGGCGUAUGUGUUUCUAGAUGAAAGCAGACUGUUGGUUGUUCAAAGUUCAGAUGAUGACGUUAGUGCAUCAUUGCAGGCUAAGGUAGCUUAUGCAAUACGAGACAUUCCUGCUUCAUGGUCUGAUGAUGCAAAAUGCAAAGAAGAUUUUGCUAGCUUCUUCACCAAUCAUGUUCAACGAGGCUACUACUCACAAGAAGGAGUGGCAUUAAAGAUCAUUCAGCCGGGAUCAUCUGGGGCCGCUUCAAGUGCUAUUGGACUGGUGAGUGAUAAAGGAUCGCAGUUGCUAGUCUGCUCAGGAACAGGAGAUUGCUUCUUCACUUCAUUUGAGUAUCGGUUGUUUAGCUAAUACCUCAAUGUGUAUAUUCUGUCAAGCUGCUUGACUGUGUGAUAUUAUCACAAUGUGUAAUGAACACUUCAUGUUUGCAUAUGCAUUAGAUAAUAAUAGCAUAAGAUUUUAGAACUGUACGUACAGUAAAUUAAUUACAGGAAGGCGCACGUUUCUGUCUAA